AUGCGAACGGCCCUCCGUACACUGGCAUCUCUCGUCCGCGCCCCGAACCCGCUCUCCGUCUCGUCGUCCCCAAGAAGCUUCUUCCGCACCAUGGCCGCCACAACUACCGCCCACGCGCCGGUGCUCAAGCAGCCCGUCCGGCUCGCCUGCGUGCAGCUCAACGCCACGGCCGACAAGGCCGACAACCUGCGCCGCGCGCACGACCGGGUCCUCGAGUCGGCCCGGAACGGCGCCAAGAUCGUCGUCCUGCCCGAGUGCUUCAACGGCGUCUACGGCUGCGCCCACUUCCCCAAGUACGCCGAGGAGCUGCUGCCCUCGCCGCCGACCCGGGAGCAGAGCCCCAGCUUCCACGCCCUGUCGGCCGUCGCCAGGGAGGCCGGCGUGUACCUCAUCGCCGGCUCCAUCCCGGAGCUCGUCGUCGCGGAGGAGGAGGAGGAGGGGGCGGCGGAGGCCAAGAAGCGCUACUACAACACGUCCCUGACCUUCGACCCGUCGGGCAGCCUCAUCGCCACCCACCGCAAGGUGCACCUCUUCGACAUCGACAUCCCCGGCAAGUUCACCUUCCGCGAGUCGGACGUGCUCAGCCCGGGCAACAAGCUGACCGUCGUCGACCUGCCCGAGUACGGCAAGGUCGGCGUGGCCAUCUGCUACGACAUCCGCUUCACCGAGAUGGCCCUCGUCGCCGCCCGCAGGGGCGCCUUCGCCCUCGUCUACCCGGGCGCCUUCAACCUGACGACGGGCCCGCUGCACUGGCGGCUGCAGGGCCAGGCCCGCGCCAUGGACAACCAGCUGUACGUGGCGCUGUGCAGCCCCGCGCGCGACAUGGCCUCCGACUUCCACGCCUACGGCCACAGCAUGGUCGUCGACCCCAUGGCGCAGGUGCUGGCCGAGGCCGGCGAGGCCGAGGACAUCGUCUACGCCGACCUGACCGGCGACAAGAUCGAGGAGACGAGGAGGAGCAUCCCCCUGCGGGACCAGCGCCGCUUCGACCUCUACCCCGACAUCGCGGCGGGCAAGAUCCAGUUCGAGGACCCUGAGCUGAAGUAG